CGACAUAUGGCGAUGUGGCGUUGCGGAAUUAAAAGCGUGAUACCUGCUAGUAAAAUGGAAAAGACAGUGUAAUUAUAAGAAUUUGAUUAAAAUAAAGGCAAAUGAAUUCAAUAUUAUUACGACUCAAUAUAAACGUAAUUAUUCGAUGCAUGAACGUUAAUUUAAAUGCUAACGCAGCUGCCUGCUGCAUGCGGUAAACAGGUGCAUCACAGAGUAAGCGAUGUCGACAGCCUGCCUACGGUGUUUGAAGUUGAGUGUGUUUGCUCUAAACCUCAUAAUAUGGUUUGUGGGCGUCAUUGGGGUAUGCCUGGCUGGGUUUUACCUCUACCUCAUCACAAAAGUCGACACCGAUGACAGGCCGGACCUGUGGCUGGCCGGCGCCAGCUUCGCCGACGCAGAGAAGAUGCUGCUUCAGGCGCGCGUCGUCAUGUGCGUCGUUGCCCUUGUUACCGGUUCCCUGGUGAUUGUCAUCGGCCUGAUGGGAUGCUGUGGAGCCGCAGCAGACCACCGGUGCCUGCUGGUGACUUAUGCCGGCCUCCUGGGAGUCGCCCUGGCCGUACAAAUUGUCGUCAUCGGGAUCAUCGUCUGGCAGAAGGACCAGGCACCGGCAGUCGUCGAGGAGCUCGUCUUGACAAAGAUAAAAUACUCUGAGGACUACCAAGGAGAUGACUGGAAGGCCAUUCACGCCAUUCAGCGAAAACUCAAGUGCUGCGGCGUCAACUCCUACAUGGACUACGUCAAAGUGAACCACUCGAUACCAAUAUCCUGCUGCAACUCACCGCUCAUCACCCAGGAAGACUACAUGGAGUGCAACAGGUCGACCGUGCACCCUCACGUCAUCACCAACAUCACCAUGAUCUUCUCCCGCGGCUGCAGCGACGCCAUCCGCGGCGUCAUCUCGGGCUACGCCAUCUUCGGCUACACGGUGAUCGCCGUCCUGAUCGGCCUCCAGGUGGUCGGCUUCAUCUUCAGCUGCGUCAUCAUCCGCAGUCUGGCGUCGGCCGCCGCGACCGACGCCUCCAAGACGGCCCAGGAGCGCGCCCGCUCGGCCAGCUAUGCGCCCACGGCCACCGACUCGAUCCAGCAGUACCAGGUGGUGCCCCCGGCUUACGAGAACCCCAGCCGACACUCGAGCAUGGGCGGCGGCAGCGGCCUGGCGCGCUGAGCGCGGCGUGGGGAGUGACGGGGACGGUGGCAUGGUGGUGGUGACAGAAGAACAACAUGGAGGCAGUGAACAGCAGACUGCAGAGGGCCUUGAAGAGAUAGGGACUGACACAGUGGUAGAGGCUGACGAACGGGAUCGUCACGCCUCACGGUGGAGACGAGUGACGCAGGCUCAUCACAACGGUUAUAGGGAGUGACAGGAACCUUCAUAGCGAUCCCGGGUGGCGAAUGACAUGUGACCCUCACAGCGGUAUGAGUGACAUGGGGUCGAUAAAGCGUUACGGCUAGUGACGCACUGGUGCACUAGCAGGGAGACGUCCCCAUAACUAGCGGCGGUCGGUCGGUGAAGGGGUGGCGCCAUGACUUUGACGACUGGCACGAAUGCUAUUGGAGUGUUAUAGCGGAGGAGUGUGGGCUGUUGACGCUGUGUCAGCAGACCAGCGUCAACGGGGACGGGGAAUCGGUGAAGAAGUGGUACGAGAUAUUCUUCGCAAUAUGUGCCGCACAUAAAUUGCACGGCGAGUUAUAGAGCGUGGCAUUAUUAUCAUGUAACAUUGGCUCACAUCAUUUCACUUGGACGUCCAAAGUAUUGUUAAAUACGAAUGAUACAUCAAUCA